GUCUGGUCCAGAUCCUCCGCUCCUCCUCAGCUCAACACACACAUCCAUUGUACACGAAAGGGGCAGGCGGCUCACGCAUUGCACACGCACUCGCACACACGCAACAGCAUCGAUCGUGGCUCCUUUAAGAAAAGCCUAAGCCAGAAUUAUCACCCCACCUCCUCUUGAUCUCCUCUCAGACGCUUUUGCAUAAGAAAAUCAAGCCGGGAGCCGAGAGUGAUCAAAGAAAACGAGAAGGAGAGCUGCUUCAUUUUUUAACUGUGAUUGUGAGCAUUAACAUUUAGGUGGUGCCGAUCCCGUGGAGACGCGCGUCGGUCGGACCAUCAUUCAUCCGGUACUUUUGACAAGCCCUCGCGUUUUGACUGACAGGCGGAGUGGCAAAAAAAAAGCCAUGAGAGUCGCCAGUUUUGUUUGAGGGGCUAUUUUAUUUUCACCCUGGUUUUUUUUUUGGACAAGGAUCCCGGUGCCGCUGCUGCUGCUGCGAGGAUAGCGGAGGACAUAUUCGCCGCGCCUGGGCUAAACUUGCUCCGAGAGCGGGAGCUGGCUUCACCGUUCCGAGGGGAAAAAAGAAAAGGCACUCGGGAUUUUGGGCUGCAACAUCUCCUCGUUUGGUUGGAAUUUCUUUCUUUAUUACGCAUCCACCCUGGCCUCAGAGGGGAUUUACCCAAACUGAAAGGACGACCAGGGAGUGCGGAGGGUUAUGGCGCAACGGUACGAAGACCUGCCCCACUACGGGAUGGACGGUGUGGGCAUCCCGACCACCAUGUACGGGGACCCGCACGGCGCCCGCUCCAUGCAGGCGGUGCACCUGAACCACGGUCCGCAGCUGCACUCCCACCAGUACCCGCACACCGCCCACACCAACACCAUGCCCCCCAGCAUGGGCUCCUCUGUCAACGACGCUCUCAAGAGAGAUAAAGACGCUAUUUACGGGCACCCCCUGUUCCCUUUGCUUGCACUGAUUUUUGAGAAAUGUGAAUUAGCGACGUGCACCCCCAGAGAGCCCGGGGUGGCGGGAGGAGACGUCUGUUCAUCGGAAUCUUUCAAUGAAGACAUAGCCGUGUUUGCAAAACAGAUUCGGGCAGAAAAACCUUUAUUUUCAUCGAAUCCAGAGUUGGAUAAUCUGAUGAUUCAAGCCAUUCAAGUUUUACGAUUUCAUCUUCUGGAGCUCGAGAAGGUACACGAGCUGUGCGAUAAUUUCUGUCACCGGUACAUCAGCUGCUUGAAAGGCAAGAUGCCCAUCGACUUGGUCAUAGACGACAGAGAAGGCGGCUCCAAAUCAGACAGCGAGGAAAUCACAAGAUCGGUGGCCCUAGAUCAGACAUCCUGGAACAGGGAUCAUGAUGACACGGCGUCCACGCGUUCCGGCGGCACACCGGGACCGUCCAGCGGCGGACACACAUCACACAGCGGUGACAACAGCAGCGAACAGGGUGAUGGCCUGGACAACAGUGUGGCUUCGCCGAGCACAGGGGAUGACGAUGACCCGGAUAAAGAAAAGAAACACAACAAGAAGAGGGGGAUUUUCCCAAAGGUGGCCACCAACAUCAUGAGAGCGUGGCUCUUCCAGCACCUAACGCAUCCCUACCCGUCAGAAGAACAGAAGAAACAGCUGGCACAAGACACGGGCCUCACCAUCCUACAAGUGAACAACUGGUUCAUUAAUGCGAGGAGGAGAAUAGUGCAGCCCAUGAUCGACCAGUCAAACCGUGCAGUAAGUCAAGGAGCUCCCUACAAUCCAGAUGGUCAGCCGAUGGGGGGCUUCGUCAUGGACGGCCAGCAGCACAUGGGAAUCAGACCACCUGGACCAAUGGGAGGAAUGGGUAUGAACAUGGGCAUGGAAGGUCAGUGGCACUACAUGUAGCCCAACCCGAGUCCGACCAGUCACAACACAAAUGGUAAUAGCUGCAGGGCGAACCGGGGAUCAUGUGUCUCACAGAGGCCUGAAGAGCUUGGUAACGGGACUCCCCGACUUCCUGAUGACAAGAACCAUCCGAAACCCCUCCGUUCACCUCCAAGACCCAACACCAUUUGAUCGAUGUCCACAGCAUGGAAGCUCUCCAUGGCUGCCAACAAUAUUUCUCUCUGCAUCCGUAUGGUGAUGCAAAGAAUAUGAAACCUUGCCCACGUCAUACGAGCUCCCCCUCUCCUGACAGACUCCUCCUCCUUCUCCUUUGGGCACAAGACUAUGCCCCCUUGCCGCCGCCGACUAGGCCCGCAUGGAUUCCUCCAUUAAAGUGAUUGUGAUUGCAAGCAUAGACAACACACGAGAGACUCGAUGGGGUCAUUUGCCCUUACCUUCGGUGAAUGUGACACCUGAUGAUUUAUUCUUGACUCUUCGGUGAACAAAAGAGGCUUCCUGUGAGGAGCACGCCACUCUUUGGGACGAUGGAAUUGGACCAAAGAGAAGCCAAUGUCUGUAUCUGACAGGACACGAGCAAAGCAAAGGAGGCCGCCCUUUAAAAAUAUAGUGGAUUGAAACCUGGAAAGAGGGAAAGCAAGAGAAAAGAAAUUAAGAAUAACUAUAUCAGCCCCUAGUCUGGGAAGCGAGUGGAUAAAGAAAAUAUACUGUAUACUGUUGUAAAAUUACGCUGGACUCUCACAAGAACUGGGAAUUUUAAGUAUUGUAAAUGCUAUUGUAUUGUUCUGCAUAUUAUGUUGUUUCUAAUAGAUUUUUUUAAAAAAGGAUGUGAACUUUUUUUCUCUUUUAUCUGGUUUCUUUCCACACUGUGUGUGUGCGUGUGUGUGCGUGUGUGUGUGCGUGUGUGUGCGCUCGCCAUCAAAUCUGCCCUCCUGCCCCACCCUCCAUUGAGUCAUACUGCUUUUUUUUUAAGAAAGGAGUGAAUAAAUGAACAAUGCGAUCACUCUUAAUUUCUUGUGGCCUUUAUUUGGAUUAUUCUAGAGAGUGAUGGCGGUCCAGAAAGUUUCUUUUUGUUUUUCUCCUGAUACAGUACAUAGUACACACAGCCCCUCACAGACAUGCAGGGCACAGCUACUUGUAUCACUGUUGCUUUGUUUACAUGUUGUAACUCUAAACGGAGUGAUUUUCUUUCUUUUUUUAUAUAUAUAUAUUUUCAUAUCAGUUUAAAGUUUUUACUGGAAAAUAUUGGACAGUUUUGGGAUCAAGAGACUCAUUGGACAAACUCUCAAUCUGCCAAACAUGCUUUCUAGAAAUUCACAUUUUUAGUGGACAAGGUUGCCUUUGUCCAGUUUGUACUAACAAGGACAGACAUAGCAUCAUGACACACUGUCAAAAAAUCUUACAAAAGAAAAAGUAAUAGGGGAUGGGAAAACUACAAAUGCUUUCCACGAACAUGUUGCUCCUCGUUUCUCUCCGUGUGUGUGCCUGUUCCGGUCUAUUCCAGUGUCUUAUUGAUGUGUUUAAUGUCACAUGGCUGAGCACUCACAUGGCCAAUGGGUUCUGUUCCCCUCCUCAUUUGAUGCGGCCUGAUAAGAGGGAGAGGCAGAGACACCGGGAAAACACCAUUUAUGCCACAGUCCUUUCAUUUUGAUUUCUCCAGAUGAUGUAAUGCUGAUCCACAGACAGGGGAGAAUGUAAAAAUCACUGCGUCUGGGGGUCUGUGUGUGUGUGCGUGUGUGUGUGUGUGUGUGUGUGUGUGUGUGUGUGUGUGUGUGUGUGUGUGUGUGUGUGUGUGUGUGUGUGUGUGUGUGUGUGUGCACGUGAGGGUCAGUAUGCUUGUUUAAGUGAGCGUCUGUGUGCGUUUGAGCUUGCGUGUGUUAUCAUGCUUCCAUUAUCCAUUGCUUCAACAUGUAUUACGCACAUCUUUAAAAUUCCUUUUAAGACGAGUCAUGAUUCUUAUGCUUUUACUUUGGAGGGUAUAUG